UCGUUCCGACAGUUGCCACAUAACAUGACACGCUCCCACGACGCGCGGCGGGACGCCCCGUUCAUGCGAAUCAUCUUGUACUAACAAGACGCCGCCGCUAUGCUGGUCAACGUUCACAGUCUGCAGCACGCAGCGCAGCAACUCGCGAGUCGACAAACACACCUGCUGUCUGGGAGACAACCUCCGCCACCACCACAUCCACCAAUCUCCUCACCACCACCACCGCCGCAAUUCGACAACGCACCAUCACCGAUUGGCGACAUGGGCAACAACAACAAAGACGGCAAAGACAUUCACUCCGAAGAAACAAUCCUCUUCCUCUUCCUCACCUUCGGGAUCCUAAUUGUGCUGAUCCUCAUCCUCCUUCUGCUCGGUUUCCAAACCUACCUCUCGUGGCGUAUCGCAGGCGUGCUCGUCGAAGGCUCUGACGACUCCUUCGAAGCAGAUAAGGACUUCCGGCGGUGGGAUCGGGAGAGGAAGGAGAGGAAAAAGGCGUUGCGAGCGUUGGAGAAGGGGAGGAGUGUUAGGGGGAGCUGGGGAUAUGGGAGUGGGAGUCGAGGGACUAGUGGUGGGGGUAGGCCACGGACGGAUGAGGAGAUGGGAAUGAGUGGGGCGAGAGGGAGUAGUAUGAUGUUGGAUAAGUUCCUGCUUGAGGGCAAGGAGAAGAAGCCAUUUUGGAAUUUGAAGAGAUGGAUAUGAAAUCAUUCAUGAGGGAUAAGA